GCUCGUCGCUCCGCGGACGCCGCCUCGCGCUUCCGUCAGCGCAGCUGCCAACGUGGAGCCGGCCGAGGCCGCGGCCAAGGCGGAAGUAGCCCGGGCAGAGGAGCGGGAGUCCUUCGCCGCCGCCGCCGAAGCACCUCCGGCCAUGGAGAAUUCCUUGGAGAAGAUGGUUGAUCCUACCUUAGCGGAAAUGGGGAAGAAUCUUAAUGAGGCCAUGAAGCUGCUGGAGGAUAAUCAAAGGAAAGCGGAGGAAGAAAAUGAAAAGAACUACACAAGAAAGGAUAUUCCUGGGCCACUUCAAGGCAGUGGACAGGACAUGGUGAGCAUUCUGCAAUUAGUUCAGACCCUGAUGCAUGGAGAUGAGGAAGAAGAAUCACUACAGUCCUAUCGGCUUCAGAAUGUGGGGGAACAGGGUCACAUGGCUCUCUUAGGACACAGCCUGGCAGCUUAUAUUUCGGUCCUGGACAGGGACAGGCUAAGAAAACUUACUACCAAAAUCCUUUCUGAUACGACUCUGUGGCUCUGCAGGCUCUUCAGGUUUGAAAAUGGGUCGGCAUAUUACCAUGAGGAUGAUCGCGGAGGGCUUUUGAAAGUCUGCAAGCUUGUGAUUCACUCCCUCUAUGAAGAUUACGCCACUGAAGGUUUUAACGCAUUAUAUAACAAGCAGCCAAUGGUGUACAUCAGCGCUGCGGCAAGAACCGGCUUGGGCCAAUUCCUUUGCAGCCAGCUCGGCUUACCUCUUUCCUGCAUGUGUCGGGUGCCGUGUAACACGAUGUUUGGCUCCCAGCAUCAAAUGGAUGUUGCUCUGUUGGACAGACUGAUCAAGGAGGACAUUGAAUCUGGAAAGCUGCCUAUAUUACUAGUGGCCAAUGCUGGCACUCCAGGGGCAGGGCAUACAGACAAACUUGGGCGACUGAGGGAACUCUGUGAGCAGCACGGCAUGUGGCUCCACGUUGAAGGGGUGAAUCUAGCCACACUGGCCUUGGGCUACGUCUCAUCUCCCAUACUGGCAGCAACCAAAUGUGACAGCAUGACACUGACCCUCGGACCCUGGCUGGGUCUUCCAGCCGUGCCUGCAGUGACUCUGUACAGACAGGAGGAUCCUUCCUUGUCUUUAGCAGCAGGCCUGACCUCCAAUCAGGUAGUGGAGAAAUUGCGUGCCCUGUCACUGUGGCUGUCCUUGCAGUACCUUGGCCAUGACGGAAUUGUGGAAAGGAUUAAGCGUGCCUCCCAGCUGAGUCAACGGCUAUUGGAAAACUUGAAGAACCAAGAUUUUAUUAGAACCUCGGUUGAAGAUGAAUUUAGCUCUCCCGUGGUGGUGUUCAAGUUUUCCCCAGAAAAGUCACACACAGAUCAUAUGCUCCGUGCUGCACAAUCAUCUGCAGUCUCUGGGGAUGAGAGAGACAUUUGCGAUACUUUUAACCAGUGGCUUGGAGAGCAGUUGGCUCAGUUGGUUCCUGCCAGUGGGGUGGAUCUGGUAGAUCUGGAGGAUGAAGGCACUUGUGUGCGUUUCAGCCCCUUAAUGACGUCUGCAGUUUUAGGAACUGAAGUUCAAGACGUGGACCAGUUGGUGGAUUGCUUAAAGAUGAAGGUCCCCGUUCUCAACUGCACUUUGCAGCUGAGAGAGGAAUUUGAACAAGAAGUGAAAAGAACCAUCGGCUUGUCCUACGUGGAAGAUUUUAGCUGGCCUGGCCUUGGUGUGGUCAGGUAUAAGGGGCAGAAUGAAGACAAGCAGGAGAAAGACGUGGAGAAGAUAAACAGCAGCCUUCUGAAAAAGCUAAAUGAGCUGGAAUCAGAUCUGUUAUUUUCCUUAGGGCCAGAAUUUGGAGCGGAGAAGAACUGCAUGUAUAUUGGAAUGGUCACUGAGGAUCUAGAUGUGCCUGAGCUGGUGGAAACCAUUGUAGCAACAGGUCGCGAAAUUGAGGAAAAUUCAAGGCUGUUGGAAAACAUGACUGAGGUCGUUCGAAAAGGCAUCCAGGAAGCACAGGUUCAGUUGCAAAAAGCAAACGAGGAACGGCUCUUGGAAGAGGGUCUGCUCCGACAGAUUCCUGUGGUGGGCUCUGUCCUCAACUGGUUUUCUCCAUUUCGUGCCUCGCCAAAGGGACAGACCUUUAACCUAACGGCAGGUUCUCUGGAAUCCACAGAGACAACAUAUAUAUCCAAAGCACAGGGCACGGGGAUCACCCCACCUCCCACUCCCACAUCAAGCCAUGCUAAACAGAGGUUUCCUGGUCAAAAACUGUUUAAAAGGGCCGGGAGGAACUCGGAUGGGCUCAGCGAAACAAGCUCAGUGAGCCAAGCUACUGACUUGGACAAAGGAGAACUCGCUGCUUCUCCCCUCAAGCCGGAGAACACCGAGCUGUCCAGCGAAAACACGCCUCUUGCCCCGGAAACCACGGAUGCUUCCCCAGGCGCCAAGGCUCAGGCUUUGGGAAAUGACAGCACUCCGUCUGAGGAACAAGAGAGUCUUAGAUAAAACCGAGACUCUCCGCAUUCAGACUUUGUACAGGGAAAAAAAAGUGCACUUCCCUCCAGGGCAGGAAACUGAAUGAUGCGUUUAAGAUGUGAACCGUGCCAGAGGUAGUCAGUUCAAAUUGCUAUUAACGUGUGAUUGACUGGAGAUUUUGCACAAUUAAUGGAAGGCUGCUCUGUCUAAUUUCUUUUUAUUUGUCUGCUUGGUUAUGAUUCCUCUUUUGUCCUGCACACCCAUUUAGUGCCAAGGUUGGAUUUGAACGGCUUAGGAACAUUCCCCUCUUUACCAGGGAACUUGCAAGAAUUAGAAGCUGACUCCAGAUGGAGUCCCAAGGAAUGCCUGGCUCUUUUUAAAAAAAAAAUUUAAAAAAUUAAAAAGGUGCUUUGCACAGACAUUUCUUGGUUUUCUAAAUUGAAUUGUACUUGAUGCUGGGAAUAAAGAAAUCUAGUUUCUAUUUGUUAAGCCAACCAGCUGCUUGCUGUUUUUAUUUUAAAAAGUGUUUGAAAUGUUUUUCAAAAUCUAGCUGCCUUUAUUAUUAACAUGGCACUUCCUUUGGGGAUUAAACCUGCUUUAAAAUUCCCUAAAUCUUUGCGUCAUCGGGUAUCUGUCCACUACUUUUCAGCACUGUUGGCAGACAAAAGAGGAAGAACAAGAUUUUGCCAUUUCACAGGGCCCUGACAGAGUUGGCUCAGCAUAGCUGUUACAUGUUCCUUGGCCGCUGAGAAGUAAGAAAAGUCAAAACGCAGAACAAACCCGUUUGAAAGAUUUGCAAUGAAAGAACCUCCCCCUUACGUUUUUUUGCUGCAUUUUUGGGCAGAGGAUGAUGAUGAUGCAGUGAGAUGCAUUACUGGUGGCAUAUUGAUGUUUCUUCUCUUGCUAUUCUAGAUUUUCUCAUCAGUUCGUUACAUUUGUUAAAUAUUGUAAAUAUUCAGAGAAAGCUUAUUAUACAAUACUGCACUAUGGAAAAGAAGAAAUAUAGACACUGAGCUGACUUGGUUUUUAAAGUCAAAGGUAGAUAGUCAAGCGUUUAUUGCCCGCCAGGUGAUUAAUUAUGCCUUUAUUUUUGAGACGGAUUUUGCUCUUUCUCUGUUAAACAGAGCAACCAAAUUCCCUAAGAGAACUGGCUGCAACUGACCUGAUUUCUCCUGAUUUAAAAUUUUCGCAAAAAAGAGAUGGAUUUAUUUUUUAUGAACAGCAUUUCUCUGCAGCAGUUUUCCCAACCUGCUGCCAUCUGGGCAUGUUGGAUGAGUUUCCAGCCAGAACCCAAGAAUUAUAGGAAAUGAAAUUCAACACCCUGGGAGGGCAGCAGUUGGGGAACCCGUAGCAUCUAAUAGAGCUUCAUGUGGCUUCUGUAAGCUGAGAGACAGCCUUAUUCUCAGCAACUGAAGACGUCGAUCCCAACCUAGCACUGAUAAUGAAUUAAGGAAUGGCUAUUCUCAGAAUCAUUUUUUUGUGGUGAAGGUGGUGGUGAUAGUGAAACGUUGAGACUAUAAUGCAGCCUAGGCAGAGAAAAUGCCAUUCCCUUGGCAAAAAAAGGAAAUUCCCAAAUGGACCCACGUGGUUGCAGCUACAGAAGUUGCUUAUUUGGAAAUAGAGAUCUUUCUGCUUUAAAACCCAAGGAUCCCAACAUGACUAACCUAAGUUAUGGAGGCCUCGCCAAACUAGAUCUUAUAGCAAAUGUGACAGUUCUCUCUUCUCCUAAUAAUUUGAGGAUCUAUUAUCUUCCAUCAUUUGCUCAAGUGGGCCUAAAGAAUUCAAGUUCUGCUUAAUAUUUUUUAUGGAGGCUGAGAGAACAUCUAAGAGAUUAUUCUCAUCAUAUCUAGUUUACUCUUCCCCAGAGUAACCAGUUUCUUGGAGCUCAGCUAGAAUUGACUCAAGAUCUUCCAUGGGGACUGCAGCAACAGGCUUUAACAACCAAAAUGUUGGUUAAGGGUUAAGCAUUGCCUUGCUCUUUCUUGAUUGAGGAUUAUCGGUGGUUAAAUGUACAGUUAACUCCAAUUAUUAAGGGUUGAUUUUUCUAAAGUGCAAAUUUAAUUCUUGUCUUCCUUUUGACUGUUUAUUUGGUGCAAUGAUUUCUAUUAACUUGGGUUCAUGGGGGAAGGGUUAAAGUUGUAAUUGUUAAUAUAAAUUUUAAUGUUUUUAUAUGAAGCUGGCAGUUUUGCUGGAAUACAGUCCUAAUUUAGAUACUUCCUAAAGGCUUCAAUAAAGAUUCUUCAACUUGUA